GACAAGCAGAGCAUAUGGUACCGGCGUGGGAUAAGCAAACCAGGAAACCAUUCUCGACAUUCUCGAGAUGGGUGGAUGCUCACUGGCUCGGAGAUCUCUAGCCCGAUUCCCGCAUGCCAGAAAGAAUUGAAAGGGGGAGAGAAUGAAUGAAGCAUUUACAGGGACCGCCGUUUCCCUACGCAGAGGGAAAGACAGCAAGGCAGGCAGAUGCAGGUACUGUACUGUACAACGGGUGACCUGCACUACCGCCGGUAUACUAAAAGUGUGGUCCGCCACAUGCUGGUUGAACAUAUCGAAUCUACUUUAUUUCCACGUUAUUUUCUUGAUCGCUCAAUUGACACACACUACCGCUAAAAUCAAUAUCCUCGCACACUUUACUGUGCAAUGAUUCACCGGAGAGCUACAUGGCGCCGGCACCUGGAUUGGCAAGGAAAGCUGUUCCCCGCAACGAAGGUGUCCAAUAUAGGCCCUGGUAUUGCGUAGAUACCCCACCAUCAGGCGAAAUCACUCGGAUGGCACGGCGAGAUGUUUGGCUACCGGUACUGAAUUGGACGCAACCCUCCGCUGGUCGUUGUAGGUCGAGACCGCUGAUCACUCAACAACUUAUCAUACCUUAUAAAAAGGGCGGGGGCAGUGGUCCCCACUAGGGUUUCUUGAUCCCCACCGACGUUUCUAUCCACCCCUCCCCAGUGCUAUCGCCGUCCCCUCAAUUCCUUACGAUGAAGUUGUCUACCGGUAUCUUCCUCAUUUUCUCGCUCGCCGGCGCAGCAGUGGCCACUCCUCUGGCUCCUGCCCCCACCCACAAUGUUAGUCUUGUGGAGUCGAAGAAAUUGAGGCGCGUUUUGAACAAGAAGGCCCUGUAUGAGCACGCGAAAGAGUUUCAGAGUUUUGCGGACUCCACACCUAUUCGGAAUCGUGUUGCUGGCUCCGCGGGUCAUAACUUGACUGUGGAUUAUAUUUAUGAUACUCUUGUGGCCACUGGGUACUAUAACGUCGAGAAGCAACCCUUUACUUAUGUCUUCUCCGAGGGGAAUACUUCGUUCUCUGCCCUGUCAACGACAUACCCCUCGGAAUUCAUGACCUACUCGCCGUCAACCGGAGGAUCUACUCUAACGGCCCAGUUGGUUAAGGUAGCAAAUCUUGGUUGUGACCAGAGCGACUACCCCGAACUUAAGGGAAAGAUUGCUCUGAUCUCUCGUGGGGACUGCGAAUUCGAAGGCCCUUAUGUUCCCGUAGCAGCUAUCUCAGGGACCGACGGAACUGCUUUGGUCGCUGCUAUUGGGGCUGGACCUGUCAAGGGUAGUUUGCUUGUCAACUCUAUCAAUGAAGUCAGAUACACCAGCAAUGUCCUCGCUACUUCCAAGGGGGGGGAUCAGAACAACAUCGUCAUGUCUGGAGGUCACACAGAUUCUGUUACUGCUGGCCCCGGUAUCAAUGACAACGGUUCCGGAUCUAUCGGAAAUCUAGAGAUUGCGCUACAACUGACCAAGUGGUCAGUCAACAACGCUGUGCGCUUCGGUUUUUGGUCUGCUGAGGAAUUCGGCCUCAUCGGAUCUAGAUAUUACGUUGAGACCCUUCCUGAAGCCGAACUUGCCAAGGUGGCCCUGUACCUCAACUUCGACAUGAUUGCAUCACCCAACUUUGGAUACUUCCUUUACGACGGCGAUGGGUCUUCCUUCAACACCACCGGCCCCCCAGGAUCUGACGCCAUUGAGCACCUCUUUGAGGACUACUUCCAGAAGCUCGGGCUCCCAACCCGGGCCAGCGAUUUUGACGGCCGCUCGGACUACGCCCCGUUCAUGGAAGUUGGAAUCCCCAUUGGCGGUAUCUUUACAGGAGCCGAGGGAAACAAGACUGCUGAGGAGGCAGCGCUCUGGGGCGGAGAGAUUGGUGUUGCUUACGACAGAAACUACCACAAAGCCGGCGACAACAUCGAUAACUUGAACCUGGGCGCUUGGAUCCAGAACACCAAGGCGGCUGCUCACGCAAUCGCGACAUACGCUAGAUCCACAGAAACCAUUCCCAAGGGCACCACCUCCAAACGUGUCAAGCGUGACAUGGGACACACCAUUCCCGGGGCUUGCGGAUGUGCGCCUCUUCAUGUCGCUUAAGGGAGAAAGUCGUCCCUUGUCUUUAUUAUUAUUAUUAUUAUUAUUAUUAUUAUUAUAUUAUUACCUUUUCAGUAAUUUGGAAAGGAGCAAGCAUGAAUGGAUAGAAACAACAAGAAAAAAUAAAUGUUGGAUCUAUGGUUUAUGUACUAUACAUGAAUAGAGAAUAUCAGGAGACUUGAUGGUGAUGAUGAUAAAAGAUAUUUUGACUUCGAGUAGCUGAGUACCGUAGCUGAGUGUCCGAGUUAGAGUUAAAUGUUUUUUGCACUGUG